AUGGAGAAGCCUUCACCAUCAUAUUCGACCGUUUGGUCUAAAAUUAUUGGAUUGCAGCUGUACAAUUCAUACGAAGCCGAUGCGGACGGUAGAUUGCCUUCGCUUUCCAUUAUGCGUCUGCUGUACAGUAUCGUCCUAUUCGGUGGCUAUCUCGUCGGAUUCUACAAAGCCGUGGUGGAAAAUAUGUUUCUGUACGAGCUUCGUCCCAAUAGUCCAAGCAUUUUCAAUUUCGCGUAUAUGACACAGGUUAGUUCUGGCGUACUGGGCACGAUCAUCUGCUACGCAUCGUUGUGGCGUACGGAUCGCAUGAAAUGUGUCUACGUCGAAGGGAUUCAGUGUAGCAACGCGAAGAUAAACGAUCGUUACUAUCAGUUCCGUAAUAUGCACGUACCGGCGAAGCAAUGCUUCAUCGUACCGCUGUCCAUCGGAUUGCUGUUCUUUUUAUCACUCUGUGAAGCUUACGCACAGUACAAUAAGGCACGCUAUUUCGCGAUCAUCGCCAUUGUGUAUCCGCUGUGGAUGUUCCACGUGACCAUUUUGGAGUUCACAACACUGGUCAAGUCGACGGAAUGUAUCGUAACGAAACUGAACUGGAUGCUGGACGCUUUUCUGGAAAGCUUGCAGAGACAAUCGACCCCAAAUGUUGCGUCCACGGGUGAAAAGAAAGCGCUCAACAAAGUGUAUCCGAUGGGGCACCGACCAUACCUGCCGGAACACGAGCUUAUUAGUGGUGAACGGCUCACGUACAUGUUCGUGAUCCACGAGAACGUAGCGAAGCUGGCAGAAUUUAUCAACCGUGCGUACUCGCUCCAGAUCAUUGCCAUCGUGACGGUUACGUUCGUUAACACGCUCUUUGGAUUUUUCAUCGAAACGAAGCUUUUGUUUUGGAACUAUGAAAUGUUAGAUCUGAUACUGCGUGCAUGCCGAUAUGCGUUCGAGUGCAUUCCUGCGUGUCUGUUGAUCUACAACAUGCUGGUUGUAUGUGCUGCUACUCAUACGGAGUUAUUCAAAUCAGCCUCCUUGCUGCACAAGCUGCUGCAGUACAAGGCAAACUAUUUUAUCGACGAUCAAGCGCUUUUCGAACGAUCGAAAGCAAUCGCCCUUCAGCUGUUGCAUAGGAAACGGUUCGCUCUAUUCGAUGGAAGCGGUUUGUUUAAGUUGGACUUUACCUUCAUCUUUUCGGUAUUUAGUGCUGCUACGUCUUAUCUUAUAGUGCUGCUCCAGUUUGAUUUAUCCAAGGAUCUGGAAAAGGGCAUGAUGUGAGAAUGUGCGUCAAAAAAGCACACAUCAACCAUUUCAAACCAGUAUUGGCUAGCAAUAUGCAUACCACAACCAUAUGCACUGGUUUUAUGUGUGCAUCAGUGUAACUUUCUUUGCAAGC